UCCAUCAUUCAUCACUUGCAUGUAGUUUUCCUUCAUUAUUUCUCCAAAAAGAUUAUUAUUAAGAGAUGGGAAAUAAAGUAAGUGAAGUGUUGUACAAGAUAAGACCUUAUUUGCUUAUGGUGUUUUUGCAAUUUGGAUCGGCUGGUAUGUACAUAAUCAGUAUGGUAACUCUGAAUCAUGGCAUGAAUCGCUACGUCCUCAUUGUCUAUCGCAACGCCAUCGCUGCUCUUGUUCUUGCUCCUUUUGCUCUAUUUCUUGAAAGGAAAACAAGGCCAAAGAUGACAUUCCCAGUCUUCUUACAAAUAAUGGCUUUGGCAUGUUUAGAGCCAAUCCUGGAUCAAGGCUUCACUUACUUGGGGAUGCAAUACACAUCAGCAUCUUUUACAUCUGCGAUCAUGAAUGCUGUUCCUUCUGUCACCUUUGUAAUUGCUGUGAUUCUUCGUUUAGAGCGUAUACGGAUCAAUGAGAUACGCAGCCAAGCAAAGGUUGUCGGAACCCUGGUUACUUUCGGAGGAGCUCUGCUUAUGACACUCUACAAAGGCCCUCUUCUUCAUUUAAUAUCCUCAACCAAUGCAACCCACCAUGGAAAUGCUGCUCUUUCCGAUAAACAUUGGCUCGCCGGGACGUUAUUGAUACUUGUAGGCUGUGUCUCCUGGUCUGCUUUCUACAUUUUGCAGUCCAUAACCAUAAAGAAGUACCCGGCGGAGCUCUCUCUGUCCUCGUUAAUAUGCUUGGCCGGCGCCAUUCAGAGCUUGGCCAUAGCACUAGUGGUUGCUCACCACCCCAGUGCGUGGGCCGUUGGCUGGGAUACCAGGCUUCUGGCUCCGGUCUAUACUGGGAUCAUUAGCUCGGGGAUCACAUACUACGUGCAAGGACUCGUAAUGAAGACAAGAGGUCCAGUAUUUGUAACAGCAUUCAACCCUCUGUGCAUGAUCAUUGUUGCAGCUCUUGGGUCUAUUAUUUUAGCUGAGAAGAUUUAUCUUGGAAGUAUCAUUGGAGGGAUAAUAAUAGCAAUCGGGCUAUACUCUGUCGUGUGGGGAAAAAGCAAAGACUAUUCAAGCCAAGAGCCAGCUUCAAUGGCCCAAAAGGAACUGCCCAUUACAGCCAUUGAUGGGAGUAAUAAAAUGGUCACCUUCAAUGCAAGUACCAAAUCCGAAUUGUCUGGUUAAGUGUGCCACUGAAACCCAAAAUUGCUCCAUUAAUUUUGGUGGGUAUAAUAUGGAAAACAGACACUCUGCUCAUCAAUGGGUUGAAUUAUUGUAUAUAUAUAAUGGAUAUGAAUAUUAAUCUAAUGGAUACACUUGAGAAUGAAAAAUAAAUUAAUUUUAAGUUGGAAA